UGGCAAUGUGGGCAUAUGGUUCACAUAUUAACAAGUGACAGUUUACAAAGGAAUUUUCCUUAACAGUCCAACCGCAGAGAAGUGAAAAAUCUGUUUUAAUAUAUUAUUAGAAUUGGGUUAAACCACAAUUGCAUCUACUGUUAAAUUUAUCUUUUCAACUUCUAAUGGAGUCAAUUUUUAAAUUUUCCAAAGUUUUUGUGUCGCUAAACAGUUUCAAUAUAGUUCGAAAUAAAUCAGCAAAUUUGAGAUGUAUCUGCACUUCUUCAAUUAAAAACGAUCUUAUGGAAUUUUUCGAUGAUAAAAAAAACUGGGGGCAAACUGAAGUCAAGAGUGGUAGAUCUUGGCGAAAAGAGGAACUAAGGCUUAAAUCCAACACUGACUUGCAUAAGCUAUGGUAUGUUUUAUUAAAAGAAAAAAAUAUGUUACUAACAAUGGAACAAGAGUCUAAUGACCAAGUCAGACUAUUCCCAAGCCCUGAACGCAUUGAUAAAGUUGAAGAAUCGAUGGAAAAUCUUGAGGCAGUAGUCCGAGAGAGAAACAGAGCUUAUCACAUGCUUGAAACUGGUCAAAGUGGGGAAAGACCUGGUAAAUUGACCACUGGUCCUUUUGGGUUAAAAUAUUAUUACAAAAUGGUAGAACAUCUAAUACCAAAAUUCAUGAACAAAAAGUGGAGUGAAAAACAUCAGUUUUACAAACCUGACCAGGAUGUAUCAAGGUUCCUGUUAAAAUAUCGAGAAAAGCUUUAUCUCAACAAAAGAAGACAACAGAGGAGAGAUUUUAAUCAUGUUAUUGGGUUGAUGAAUCGUUUUCCUAAUAUGGAUAUGCAGGCCCUCAAGGAACAAUAUCCUAAUGUUGAUAUUGAUAAAGCCAAAAAGAGCCGUAAAUAUCGUGGCGAUUAUGUACCUACAUAAAUUGGCUAGUUAAAUUCCUAAUAAAAAUUAUUU